UAAAAAGUUACGUAUAUUUGCGAAAUUGAUUUGCUAAAAUUCUUUUUUGAUUUCAGUCUUUUUUCUUUAUCCGAAAAAGUCUUUAGCGAAAUAUUUUUCAUUGAAAUAAUCUGUAUAAGUUUGGGACUAUGUCUAAGACUACUAAUGAUUUCUAUGACAGAAAAUUUUAUGGAGCUACCUAUUCAUAUAUCCUCCUUAGUUCUUGUAUUUCUUUUGAUAUUACUCCCUUGCUGGUUUUCAACAACUGUUACAACAAAGAGCGACAGAAUUUCUACUUCUAUUUAUUCAUUACCGUGGUAUAAUUGUCAAUCUUUGAAAGUUAAAAAAGAUUUGGUUCAAUUUAUUCGCAUGGCUGAAAGACCUAUUGAAUUUACAGCGAUGGGACUUGUCACUCUUUCCAAUGAUACUUUCAUCAAGAUAAUGCGCACUACUUUCUCAUUCUACACGUUUUUGGAUUUUUUAAAUGGACGAGAAGCUAAAUAAGAUCUCGCACGUACUUAAACACAUUUAUUCUAAUCGCACAGUCACAGAUUUACAAAUAAAUAAAUCAAACC